AUGAACCUCUACGCCAUCCUCUGCUUAGCGUUCCUGCCAGACCUCUGCCACCUUCAGCUGGCCUUCGAUUACUCGGAGAACAACGGUGCAAGUCGACCCAAAUGCACGUACACGUUCGUGGUGGCGCAGCAAAAGAUUACCGGGGCCGUCUGCAUCAGCACGGCAAAGUUCCCCGAAGCUUUUGGUGUGAACAGAAGCGAGGUGGAGGAGCUCAAGCAGGAGCUGAGCCGUCAGCAGACGGACAUAGAAAUGCUUAAGAAAAUGGUGGAUGUCGACCACGAGGCGGCCACCGAGAUGGACCAUCUAAGGAGAGAGAACAGGAACAUAGGAUCCCGUCUCAGCCUCCUCCGUACACAGUUCCUCCAUGAAAUCCACCAGAGGAGCAACGAGACGACUGAAUUUGUCCCGGAGGAGAGCAGAGGCAUCAAUGCCACGGCUGAAGUUGUGAAGUUGGCCUCCAAGUACAAAGACCUCCAGGAUAAAUAUAAUGUUCUGGCGUCUUUGGUUAACAACCAGAGUGUCACCAUAGCGCGUUUAGAAGAGCAGUGUCUCCAAACCAGCUCUCGGCGUCCCGCUGAUCAGGCUCCACCAUCUGAUGGUAACCCUACUGAUGAAAAGAAGAAACAAAACCAUGAAGUGUAUGGAGAGGAGAGGGAUCCCGUAGCUGUCACAAAGGAAGGUCCUCAGGCACAAUCAGAUCCAGUCCCUACGACAACCUCCAGCACGCCUGUUGUCACAGAACCAGAGGCCACCAAAUCUAUAGGACCUUGGGUGGAUUGUUACGACGCCUUGCAGGGUGGACAGACGUCAAGCGGCAUCUAUCUCCUGAAACCCCGUAACAGCAACCAGAUCAUGCAGGCCUGGUGCGAGCAGUCUCUGAAUGGAGGGGGAUGGACGGUCAUACAAAGGCGACAAGGUGGAUCAAUCAAUUUUUUCACCACCUGGCAAAACUACAAGCACGGAUUCGGUAACUUGGACAGUGAAUACUGGUUGGGCCUCGAGAACAUUUUCUGGUUGGCCAACCAAGACGGCUACAAACUCCUGAUCCUCAUGGAGGACUGGCAGGGACGACAAGCCAGUGCCGAAUAUGACCACUUCAGGCUGGAACCAGAGAGUGACUUCUACAGGCUGAGGCUGGGCCAGUACAAAGGGACAGCCGGGGACUCGCUCUCCUGGCACAAUGACAAGCAGUUUAGCACCCUGGACAAGGACAGAGACGCCUACCUGGGUAACUGUGCCCAUUUCCAGAAAGGAGGCUGGUGGUAUAACAUGUGUGCUCACUCUAACCUGAAUGGGAUGUGGUAUCGUGGAGGUCAUUAUAGUAGCCGCUACCAAGACGGCGUGUACUGGGCUGAGUUCCGAGGUGGUGCCUACUCUCUGAAGAAGGUCUCGAUGCUGAUAAGGCCCAACAAGUAGACAUCACUUCUGUUUACAUUCACAUUCAGUCUUCUAUAAA